GCUCGUGCUCCUUGGGGUGUGCCUCUUCAGAGCUCCGGGCGGUGGUGCCAGGACAGAGUGACAGCUGUGAUAACCAAUAGGCAGGGAUAUUGUUGUGGUAGAGCCAAUAAGGAAUCUGGUGAAAGAAAAGCGGCGAUAACCUGAGAAUGCAGGCACUGGUUUGAAGGAACAUGGGGUUCUAUCAGAGGUGGAGAUGGCUCCGGCUCCCAGAGUUACCAGCCUGCAAGCUACACACGGCAUCUGUGCCGACCCCCCCACAUUGGUUGGUAGAACGGAUUGGUCUUUUUGAGGAGCUAUGGGCUGCCCAGGUACAGCGGAUAGCCAGCAAGGCACAAAAGGAACUCCGGACUAUUAAAAUAUCACUUCCUGGAGGCCAGAAAGUGGAUGCUGUAGCAUGGAACACAACCCCUUAUCAACUAGCCCGGCAGAUCAGUUUAACACUAGCAGAUACAGCAGUGGCUGCUCAAGUGAAUGGAGAACCUUAUGAUAUGGAGCGACCCUUGGAGACAGAUUCUGAUCUCAGAUUUCUGACAUUUGAUUCCCCAGAGGGGAAAGCGGUAUUCUGGCACUCUAGCACCCAUGUCCUGGGGGCAGCAGCUGAACAAUUCCUGGGUGCUAUUCUGUGCAGAGGUCCAAGUACACAAUGUGGGUUUUACCAUGAUUUCUUCCUGGGAAAGGAGCGGACAGUCAGGGGCACAGAUUUGCCUGUUUUGGAGCGGAUUUGCCAGGAGAUUGCAGCUGCUGCACAACCCUUCCGGAGACUAGAGGCUUCCCAGGAUCAACUUCGUCAACUCUUCAAGGAUAACCCCUUUAAGCUUCGACUGAUUGAGGAGAAAGUGACGGGCCCAACAGCAACAGUAUAUGGUUGCGGCAUGUUGGUUGAUCUUUGCCAGGGCCCCCACCUUCGGCACACUGGACAGAUUGGAAGACUGAAGCUGCUAACGAACUCAUCAUCCUUGUGGAGGUCUUCAGGGGCUCCAGAAACACUGCAGAGAGUGUCAGGGAUAUCCUUUCCCACAGCAGAUUUGCUGAGGGCCUGGGAAGCACAGAGGGAGGAAGCAGUGUCGCGGGACCACAGACGUGUUGGGAAGGAACAGGAGCUCUUCUUCUUCCAUGAACUGAGCCCUGGAAGCUGCUUCUUCCUGCCACGAGGGACAAGGGUAUAUAAUGCCCUGGUGGCUUUUAUCAGGUACACUGACCUUCCAUGUCUGUACCCUCCUGUCCAGGCUGAGUACGCCCAUCGUGGUUUCUCAGAGGUGAAAACCCCCACAAUGUUUUCUACGAAACUUUGGGAACAGUCAGGGCACUGGGAACAUUAUAGGGAAGACAUGUUUGCCCUGAAGCCCCCAGGCUCUGACAGGUCCAUGAACUCCCAGAGUGGCUGCUCUGCCAAGCAUCCCACAAAUACGUUCGCCCUCAAGCCCAUGAACUGCCCUGCACACUGCUUGAUAUUCGCCCAUCGGCCCAGAUCUUGGCGGGAGCUGCCCUUACGACUGGCUGACUUUGGAGCCCUGCACCGAGCCGAGGCCUCUGGCAGUCUGGGGGGACUAACUCGGCUGUGGCGCUUCCAACAGGAUGACGCGCACAUCUUCUGUGCACCAGAUCAGCUGGAAAAAGAGAUCCGAGGCUGUCUUGAUUUCCUCCGCUCUGUCUAUGCCAUUCUUGGCUUCUCCUUCCACCUGGCACUGUCCACCCGGCCAUCUGGCUUCCUAGGAGAACCUUGGCUUUGGGACCAGGCUGAGCAGGUCCUUCAAAGGUCCUUGGAAGAUUUUGGAGAACCCUGGGACCUCAACCCUGGAGAUGGUGCCUUCUAUGGACCUAAGAUUGAUGUGCACCUCCUUGAUGCCCUGGGUCGGCCCCAUCAGUGUGGAACGAUUCAGCUUGAUUUCCAGCUGCCCCUGAGAUUCAACCUCCAGUACAAGGGGAAGGCAGGGACCCUGGAGCAGCCAGUCCUCAUUCACCGAGCAGUGCUUGGUUCUGUGGAAAGGCUGUUGGGAGUGCUGGCAGAAAGCUGUGGGGGGAAAUGGCCACUGUGGCUGUCCCCAUUCCAGGUAGUGGUCAUCCCUGUGGGAACAAAGCAAGAGGAAUAUGCCAGAGAGGUUCAACAGAAUCUGCGGGCUGCAGGCCUGGUCAGCGACCUGGAUGCUGAUUCUGGAUUGACUGUCAGUCGGAGAGUGCGCCGGGCCCAGCUUGCCCUCUACAAUUUCCAGUUUGUGGUUGGCCAGAAAGAGCAGAAUAAGAGAACAGUGAACAUACGGACUCGAGAUAAUCGCCAACUUGGGGAGUGGGACUUGACCAAGGCUGUGCAACGGCUGCUGGAGCUACAGAAUACCAGGGUCCCCAAUGCUGAAGAAAUUUUCUGAGCCUUUGUUCAUACAUGAGGCAGAGACCUGCAAGAGCCAUCAACCUCCCUUAAUGGCAGGAAAUUCCAUCCUUACUAACAGUCUGGGGUCCCCCAGAAUCCUCAGAAUUGCAUAUGUCUGCUCUCCUGAAAAGAGACUUGGGGGCUGGGGAGGCAGCUCAAUGGCAGAGUGCUUGGCUAGCAAGCAUAGGUCCUAGGUUCAAUUCCCAACAAUGCCAAAAAAAAAAAAAAAAAAAAAAAGGACUUGGUUUGGGGACCUCAAGAGGGAGGGAAGAUGUGGUAUUUGGAUGUGAGAAGAAUGAAACAAAAAAUAAAUAAAUAAACUUGAAACUGC